AUGGCUGCUGUACCGUCAGCUCCUCCCGCCGCGCCCGCCGCCGCCAAUCCUUACUUUUCCCCGACGAAUGGCAGUGCCAAGCCUGCGACAGACUCCACGGGGACGACAGAUCCUACUGCCACUGCCACUGCCACAGGGACGGCUUCGGAGUUUGAGACCGAGGACACGAGGACGAACGAAACCCAUGUGCCCAAUGGCCACGAUGCGACAGGUGACGAGCUGAGGCCCAAACUGCCCCCUAGGCCAUCCUCAAUAGAUGCCAGGGAGGGGCUCAUGCCGACCGACCAGUCGGUGCAACCCCUCAACACGGCCGCCUCUACCACCCGCACGAGAUCCACGACGCAUCAAACGGGCCACGACACCAGAGACACCACGAUAGAGAUCGACGAUACGAAACCUGCCGACUUCGAUGGCGAGAUCCAUACCAACAACGAUCUCCCAACGCCCCAGAUCCUGAAGAAGAUUGAGAAAUACGUCGUGCUGGACCGCCAUGGGAAAAGCCAUACCUUCAAGAGCUUAUACAGCGGCCCCAAUGCCGCGAGACGAGUCCUCAUCAUCUUCAUCCGUCACUUCUUCUGCGGCAACUGCCAGGAAUUUCUCCGCUCCCUCUCCGAAUCGGUUACCCCCGACGCCCUGCUGGGCCUCCCGAUGAGCACCUUCAUCGCCGUCGUCGGCUGCGGCAACCCGGGUCUGAUUGACAUGUACCUCCAGGAGACGGGGUGUCCGUUCCCCGUAUACACCGAUCCCACGAGACGUCUGUUCGCAAAGCUGGGCAUGACGCGCACCCUCGCGCUGGGGACCCGCCCCGCCUACAUGCGCAAGUCCAUGAUCAAGUCGGCCGCCGAGAGCGUCUUCCAAGGGCUGAAGCAGGUCAAGGCUGGGCUGGCUACUAAAUCGGGCGACCACAGACAGGUCGGCGGGGAGUUUCUCUUCGAGCCCGUCGAGCUCGUCACCGAGGUCUCGACGCCCUACGCCGAACGCCAGAUCGAGGAGGCCAUGACGUCGAAGAAGAGCAGCAUCGAUAGCCAGGAGGGAAUCGACGGCGAAGGCGACGACGAUUUCGAGCCGGAGGAGAAGAGGGUCACCUGGUGCCACCGCAUGCGCUCCACCCGAGACCACGCUGAGAUACCCGAGCUGAUGGAGGUGCUGGGUCUCACGGGCUCCGGAAAGCCUCCCGCUCACGAGAACAAGAGAUGGUCGAAAGCCCUGGAGAUGAGGAAGGGCACCGGCUUGAGCAUGGCGAGCCAGAUGAGCAAGCUGAACGAGCAGCAGGAGCGAGCAUAG